CUGGCGGGCAUCGCGAGGAGGACGCUGGGGAUAUCCUUCCUGCUGCUGACCGUCUUCCUGUGGACGCUGUCCAACUUUCUCGCCAGCUUCAUCUUCUCCGACGAAACCUACGACAAGCCCUUCUUCCUCGUCUACUUCAACACCUCCAUGUUCGCCCUCUCCCUGAUCCCCAUGUUCAUCCGAUACCUCGCGCAGAGGGGCGUCCACGGGCUGCGGAGCGACGUCAGGCGCAUGUGGGCGCAGCACCGGUUCCAAGACGCAGCAGCCAGUCCCCCGACGGACGAGGAGCACGAUCGCCAAGCGCACGAGCGGCUGCUGGUGGACGAGCGAGACCCGGCGACAACAGCAAUGACAGCACGAGCAGCAGCAAUGACACAUGCAGGCUGGAGUGCCGCCGCUACGGGAGAGAAGCUCGACUUCCGAGAGACGGCGGUGCUGAGCUUCGAGUUCUGCAUGCUGUGGUUCAUGGCCAACUACCUGGCGUCGGCAUGCCUCGAGUACACGAGCGUCGCCAGCGUCACCAUCCUCACCUCGACGAGCAGCGUCUGGACGCUCGUCUUUGGCUCCCUGUUUGGCGUCGAGACGUUUUCCCUGCGCAAGCUGGUCGGGGUCGUGGCGUCCCUGACGGGCAUCGGCCUCAUCUCCAUGGUGGACCUGUCGGGCAAGAGUGACGAGAACAGGGGGUCGUUCCCGCACAAGACGCCCGCGCAGAUUGCCCUCGGAGACACAAUGGCCUUUCUGAGCGCCGUCGUCUACGGCAUCUAUGUCACGGUCAUGAAGCGGCGGGUGGGCGACGAGGACAAGGUCAACAUGCAGCUGUUCUUUGGGCUGGUGGGCCUGUUUAACCUUGCGCUGCUGUGGCCGCUCUUUUUCAUUCUUCACUGGACGGGCAUCGAGCCGUUUGAGCUGCCGCCCACCAGCCAGAUUUGGGCCAUCAUCAUAAUCAAUGCCGUCGCGUCGUUUGUCAGCGACAUCUCCUGGGCCCUGGCGAUGCUCCUGACGACGCCGCUGGUCGUCACCGUGGGCCUGUCGCUGACCAUCCCGCUGUCGCUCAUUGGCGAGAUGGUGCAGUACCAGCAGUACUCGAGCUUUGUCUACUGGAUCGGGGCCGCCGUCGUCUUUGUCUCGUUUGUCUUUGUUAACCACGAGACGAAGGAGGAGGACACGGGC